AUGAUUAUGGCAGAACCAUCUCCUGUAGAUUAUUCGUCUCCCGCGGAGCCAAUAUACUCAUACCCGGAUAUCGACGAGUCCAUACAGUAUCCGUGGCGAGAAGACGAGAUUGCACCCUCUCAAGCUACUCAUCAUGUGCCGGCAAUUGAUCCUCAAUUGUAUGGAGACUCCUUCGCACAGAUGCAAUUCGAGGACCCUGGGCAAGUGAAUGCCUUUUCCUAUGGUACUGGCGAAGAGUCUGACGAUGGGCAAGUAGCCCAUCAGAGCUACGUCCAUGGGAUGGACGAUGAUGACCUCGAGUAUGAGCAAUCAGAUAGUGCAAGUGACAGGUAUGAAUUCUUCAUGGCGAUGGACGACGAAGAUUUUAAGUCUGAAGAUGAAGGGUCCGAUGACUCUGUCGCGGCCCGCCAUCGCCGACGGGGUGGAGGUCGCUUCUCAGGUCGCUAUGGCGCUCGCGGCAGGAAAGGUGUCAAACGAGGACCGCGUAAGGCACUGGAUCCGGGGCCAGAGUUCAAGAUCUUCCAUUCAGAGGCGACCUCGGCUUUCAUUGAUGGCGAUUAUGAUCGGGCCCACGAGUAUGUGAAUCAGGCGAUUCAAAUCAACCCCGAAAUGUUCCCUGCCCACUCGCUCUUGUCGGAAAUCUGGCUGGCGAAAGGUGACAAUAUGCGCGCUCUGCAGGCGCUUUGGAAUGGUGCGCAUACUCGACCGAAGGAUCCGACCGUUUGGAUGAAGGUAGCACGUCUUUUGCUGGACCGUGCAGGUGAAAGUCGGGGGGCCGUGUUGAAGGACGUCAUCUACUGCUACAGUCGUAUCGUUGAAAUUCAACCUGGCAAUUACAACGUGCGUUUUCAAAGAGCAGCCCUGUACCGGGAACUCGGUCACAAUGGCAGAGCUGCCGCCGAAUACGAGCGGAUUUUGCACGAAAAGCCCUACAGCACACGAGCCCUGCGAUACAUCGCCGAGAUCUUCAUCGAUCUCAACGACGUUAAUCGGGCACUUGUUUACUGGUCCAGAAGCGUGGAACAUUUCCUGACACUGGAUCCGGAUCGGGUUCGAGACUUCUCGUGGUCUGAUAUCAACAUUUACGCCGAACUCUUUGGAUAUGUCAACCGGCCAAGAGAGGGGCUUCAUCAUCUUAAGAAUCUCUCCAGAUGGAUACUUGGUCGGAAAGAUGACAUUAUGUGGGUUGACUUUGAGGAUGAUGACCGAGAAUGGGACUCUCAAGACUCCCCGCGUCGUAUCAAAACCGACGGUUACGUGCCCGGCCACUGGCCACGAGACAGCUACGGACUCGGACUGCCACUGGAACUACGCGUGAAGAUGGGCAUAUUCAGACUCAAGAUGGGCGACAAGAAUUACGGCGAAGCGAUGCAACACUUAGAGUACCUGAACCCAGAUGACAUCUCUGAAGGAGCUCGCAUAUACGACUAUGGUGAUCUCUUCAGAGAGGUCGCAGAUGCUCUGAAAGAGCGCGGAUUACUUGAAGAGGCGCUCCGCUUCUAUGCACCUAUUCAACAAACAUCAGGAUACGCAGAUGUGGGCUUUUUCCUGGCCAUGGCCGAUUGUUGCAUGCAGUUGGGAAAGAUCGAGGAUGCCGAAAGCUGCUAUCUUACUGUUGCGGACCACGAUUCGAGCAAUAUCGAGUCCCGCGCGCAACUUGCCAAGCUCUACGAUAGUUUAGGAAUGCCCGACCAGGCUUACAAGUAUGUGAACGAGGCCGUUCUGCUUAGUCGACAAGAGACCAGAACUCGAAGGAGGAGAAAAGAUGCGCGGCUGGAACAGCUGGCUGCUGAAUUCAGACGAUCUGAUCCUGCUGCUCUCAGACCACUUGCACCUAAGCCCAUGGCGCAGGCCGAGACUGAGCCGUCCACAGGUCCUGCAAGAGGCAGUCGCUCUGAUGACAUCAAGUUCCUCUACGCUAUGCUGCAGCAGCUGGAGCCCAAAGUCAGAGCGGGGAACCUCGACGCAAUUGAAGACUGGCUGGAUAUUGCGGAUGCCUUGGUGCGCGAGUUCCGUUCCAAUCGGAUCUUCUAUCCGAUGGCGCGCACAACUGAAUUUUCAGGUUACGCGAGCCAAGCAUCGCGAAGAAACAAUGGGUCAAAGGAGAACGCCUUCUUGGACGAGAUGGAGGAAAUAGCGGGACGUCUUCAAAAGUCGAGAGCUGAGCUUGAGGAAGACGAGCUACUGCAAGGAGCAAUUCCGACAGAGUAUCACGGCAUUUCCUUUGAUGUCUGGCUGGAUUUGUUUCUUCAAUAUGCCCUCCGUGUCACUGAACAAGGAGAACCGAUGGAUGCUUACGAAGCUCUUGAGGGCGCCGCGACUGCCAGUGUGUGGUUCCAUGACAAGCGAAAAUCCCGAAUGAUCCAUGUCUGCUGGUUCACAUGUGCACUUCGUGCUCAGGAUGAAGAAGCCCUCGCACUCGAAGCUCGAUGGUUCGUAAAGGAAUAUCAGUUCGUCACGGACACAUAUCGAUUGUUCUCCAUGCUCAGUCACCUCGCGGGCAACCCGCGAAAAUCAUUGUUCAACUCUUCUCCAAGUAUGAAAUUCAUGCUCCGGCAGAUCAAGGCCAUGGACUUUACUCUACCGGACGCGGAUGGUAAACCUAAGCCGCCACGACAAUCUGUUUGGAGAGAACGCGCAGCUCUGUCUACGAAGGACGAGGAUGGGAACAGCGUUCCGGCCUAUGAACUUGACAUUGCGCUGCUGGUUUUAUAUGGGCACAUCCUGUACUCCGGAAACAGUUUCUAUCCCGCUCUGAACUACUUUUUCCGUGCCUACGCUCUGGAUGACCAGAACCCUGUGGUGCUACUUUCCAUUGCGUUAUGCUACAUUCAUCAUUCGCAUAAGCGGCAGUGCGAGAACCGUCACUACCUUAUUAUGCAAGGCCUGUCAUUUUUACACGAAUAUCGCCGUGUGCGUGGAAAGCACGGUGCUGCGCUGCAAGAACUCCAGGAGGUCGAGUUCAAUUUUGCGCGCGUCUGGCAUGGCCUCAAUCUGUCCCAUUUGGCUAUUGAAGGUUACCAACGAGUACUUCAGUUGGGUGAACAGAUUCAGCAGGAAACAUCACAGAGAAGUACAGACAUGGACAAUGACGAUGAUAUCCAGAUGAUCGGUGUGGAAGAGUCAUCGGCCCGUCACGGUCAAGGCUUCGUCGAGGACUUUUCACGGGAGGCUGCAUAUGCUCUACAAUGCCUAUAUGCUCUUGGAGGCGACGUGUCUACAGCCAAGGACAUCACAGAGAAAUGGCUUGUCAUCUGA